AUGCCACGCCUGGUUUUGGUGACUACAGAGCCAGGGAAAAAGAAGAAGCUGCACGAAACAUGGGAGUCCAUUAAAAAGAGCCUUGAAUCCUGGCAAGAGCUGACGGCGAAGGCAAAGGAUUGGGAAAAGGAUCACGCUGCGUACUACGAUUUUGAAGCGAUUGAAGCGGAAUAUAACGCCAAAUUUCAAGCGCACCAAGAUGCCCUAGAUCUCGAAGACCAGCAGACUGGUCAUCGUCGUGGGCAAUUACAACAGACCAAAGACGCCAAGAAGGCGAUGGUGCUCGCACAACAGGCCUACAAGAAAGUGAAGAAGGAUAAAGAUAAAAAGAGAUUUGACAGAGUGGAACGCCGACAGAACCACGAUUGGGCAACCACCGCGCAACAAGUACUCGAAGACUGGCUCUUCUAUCAGGAGGCCUCCAAUCGGCGAAGGAGGGGGCGAUAUCUGGAUCCGGACGAAAGAAUGCUUGCGGAGGCGGAACGACUGAAGCGGAAGCUCACAUACAAGCUCGAAACGGGAGGCACCGAUGGUGGUUAUUAUGACUGGCUGCAUUCGUUGCUUGAACUUUACGACUCAAGAGCCAUUGGCGGUCAAAGCUACAAACAAGGUUUCGAAGAUCAUCUGGGAAACCAGAUCCGGGAUAUGAGGAACAGUGCAGGAGCUAUUCCUCGCGUCGGACCAGGUGAACUGCGCCUGUGGACACCGAUGUACAGGCGUCGACUUGUUGGCUUGCGUCGCUCAGGGGGAGACGACGAUGACAGCGAUAUUCCAGAUGAGGUACCGCACCGCUUUGAGCUAGAUGAGGCAGCCAUUGAGACAAAGCGGGCAAAGGUGGACAGUAAAGUAGAUACCGAAACGGAGAAUCUCCAAUACACCUCGCAUGAGGAAAGACGCCAGGAGGAAGUCUCACAGUAUAAGAACGAUAGGCCUAACACUUCGAAUGUACGGGAAGUAACGAAGGCCAGUGGAACCAUCAUUGAAGACAGGUGGGGACAAAUUCGGACGGAACAGGGCCUGUUCGUAUCUGCACGGGAGAGCUCAUGGGACUGGCUGACUUCGUAUGACUUGCUCGGGCCGGUGAAAUCGGGCUGGCACCCUGAGACAAGCGCAGUCAGAGACGAUCCGGAAGACUUGGUAUAUCCUGAUAGUGGAAGCGAAGACGGCAGCCAGGUGGAUGCACCACAGGCUUCCGGUGAUCAGCCUACUGGUGAACACUCGCGCGAUCCUAUCGGCACUAGAGCAAAGAGUGGCGAAGCUAACAUCGGAGAGGGUCAACAUCGUCUCCGAAAAGAGAAGAAUGCGCGCGGGAAAGGAACAAGCAAGCCCGGUUCCGCCUCGCAGUCAUCCGGAAAGCCCUCAGCAGGUGGUGAGUCGACUAACGACGAGACCAUACUCGAGAAGCCAGUAGGCGAAAGCCGAAAAGCUGGCAAAGCGACCAUCAAUUACCCAUACCCGGCCAGAGAGUUCUGGAGAGACUCGAAACCAUUCAGAUUGGGCCAACGCAAGUUCGUCACCACCGAGUGGGCGGAGGAAACGACCGGUCGCCGCGAACGACACACAUACCGAAAGCUACAGCACGCCUCACCUGUCAACUCGCCCCCUCAAUCUCCAGUGUUAGAGGAAAUUCCAGAUGCGACCAUGCCCAUGGGCUUCCCCGAGACGGAUACGCGAGCUGUCGCUCUAGAGCCAAGGUCUCGCAGAAAAAUAUGUCUUCUGAAUCCCAAUAGAUGCCGAGCAUUCUGGCCCCACGCUUUGAACGAGUGUUGGAUACCAUACUCAGAGCGACCGACGCGGCCUGAAGAACCUGUAAAGUGGCCCAUCCAGGGGAUAGAUGCACCCAAAGACGUGACCGAAGGGGGUCCGGAUGGAUACGUGCCGGCACUCGGUAUGCCUGUAUACCGCUCUAGGCUAUACGACCACUAUGGACUGAUGUUCCAGAGCACACCCAAGGAUGAGGCCCCAGCGCGGCCCAUAUGGCCUAGGAUUGGGAUACGAGUGCCAUAUGAACCAAUGACGUUCGAAGACCUUCGUCUGUGCAGAGAAGAUGAGGGCAAGGGUGAGAUGGAGCCGGAGGCAUCGAAAUCUGCAGAGCCCGUGGAAGUUCUGGAAACAUCCAACCAAGGAAAUAUAGGCAAGAUCCUGGCUCCUGAUGCGCAUCUAAGAGGUGUCCAUGAGGUCCGGUCGAUGGCGGUGCCAAUUAUCGAGGAAGCGCAACGGCCGUGGGCAGAUCCUGAAGAAGAGCCUGAUGAAGAUGACUCGGGCUCAGGCUCGGAUGCGGAAUCGGACGAUGACGGUGAUCUUUUCCACGAAUCCUACGUGACAGGCUCCUUUCCAGGUGGCCUGCCCGCCCCCGUAUCACCGCCAACGGAAGCCUCGGGGACUGCCGCCCCAGACGAAACAGCUCCAGCAAGUGUUGCCCCAGAAGCUGCUGUGCCUAUAGAGGACGACCAAAUGGAUGAUGGUGCCGAAGAUCUGUAG